AUGACCGACCCCCUUGACAAGGUCACCUUUAGGACGAUCGGAGUAAUGCCCAAUGAAAGCAUCGUUAGCUUUGUAGAGCCCACCUGGAGUGUGGUGAAGAUCACCGUGCGAGGCGCCAUUAAAUCGAAAUACGAGCAGACUGGGAGUGAGGAUCUGGGACUGCGGCUGGAGUGGCGCGACUCCGACCUGAAUGUGAUCUAUCACCAUACGUCAAUGUGGUGGAUUAGCAUGGCUGAGGAUGAGGAAAAGUUCGAUGAGGAUUUCAGAAGCUUCAAAUUUCCGCCCUCGAAGGAGCCGGGUGCCAAAGCGGUGAUCAGCAUUGAGAACAAAAGAGAUAAGCCCUCAUCCCUGGUAGUGGAACUCAAGUCCUUUCCCGACGUUUUCGAGUGGGGCAUAGUCUGCGCCAUCAUCAUGCUCCUAACCCUGCAGAUCCUUAUUAUCUGGGAGCUCAUAGACCGCGCCUUUGCUGCCCUCCUCAUGGCCAGCACCGCCGUGGGAGUCUUGACUUUCAUGGCCGACCGACCCAUGCUAGCUGCGAUGAUGACCUGGAUCAAUUUUGAGGCAUUGAUGGUGCUCUUUGCACUGAACCUACUGGUGUCUGUGAUGACCGAGGGCGGAUUCUUUGAGCUCGUGGCUAUAUCGGCCUACAAAAAGUCCAGGGGUCAACCUUGGCCAUUCGUUUUGAUCCUCUGCUCGUUCACAGCCAUAAUGUCUGCUGCCCUGAACAACGGCCUUGUCGUCUUCGUGAUGUGUCCCCUUACGAUUCAGUUGUGCGAAAUAAUGGGCAUCAAUGCCCCACUGGUCCUCAUGAUCCUGGUAAUGUCCGCCAAUCUGGGUGGAACCCUGACACCCAUUGGCCAGCCACCUAACAUCAGCUUGGCCUGUGAUUAUGCCGUCCAAGCCGAAGGCGUUGUCUUUGGCAAUUUCGUACUCCACAUGAUGGCUCCAGUGAUAGUGGCCAUCAUAGUAUUCUUCCUGCUGGUUCGCUGUAUCUAUGGAAAGAAGCUCUUACAACUGAACGAUGACCAGGAUGACUUGGAGCUCCCUGAGAUCACGAAUCAAGUGAAAAUCGCUGCUGCCGUACUUAGGGAAAGCGACAACAGCAAACACCUGUUCAAGACGGCGCCAAACUUCUACGAAAACUUGGUUGUGAUUGAGGAAACCUUCACGAGUCCCAACAAGUGGCUUAUCGUCAAGAGCAUGAUUGCCCUGGCCUUCGCCUUCGUCCUCUACAUACUGCACUCAAUUACAGGCUUGGCCCCAGGUGCCUCGCUGGGCUGGGCUGUUAUUCUGGCCUCGUUCCUGCUACUGAUCCUGGCUAGCUCCAUCAGCUUCCUGCACAUGAUGGACCGGGUUCAGUUCUCGCUACUGUUGUUCCUCGCCGGGCUUUACGUCUUGGUGGCCGCAGCAGACGAAUUGGGAUUGUUCGCCUGGCUGGGGGAGGUGACCACCCAACAACUCCAGCAGUUGGAUGAACAUUACCGGGCGGGGAUGGCCACGUUGAUCUUACUGUUGUCCAGCGCCCUGCUCACCAUCUUCAUUGACAACUCCUGCGUGACCAUAUUCAUGAUGAAGCUCCUCCGCCAGUUAGUCGAUCAAAGUAAUGGCCAAAUUCCGCUGACGCCCCUGAUCUGGGGCGUGGCAUUUGGUGCCUGUUUUGGUGGGAAUGGAUCGCUGAUCGGUGCCUCCUCCAAUGGGAUCACUGAGCUCAUUGCCCGCGCCAAUGGCUACCGGAUGACGUUCUGUAGCUUCUUUGUAUUUGCAUUUCCCCUGAUGCUCGUCACCCUUGUGAUUGCCAUUAUUUACCUCUCGAUUUGUCACCUGGUAUUCAGUUGGCACUAG